AUGCCCAGGUUUAUCCCCCUCUUACUUCCUAACCAGCAUCAAGGAGCAAUCCCACGGGAUGCUAUCCACCGCGACAACAUGGGUCAGAGACGAGAGCAAUGCCGCGACCCUGAUACGAACAUCGAUCUUGAUGUUUCCGUUGUGUAUUCGACGGAUGUUCUUGCUGCCAGGACUGGCUCUGUUGAUUCCGCUCAACCUACUUGGCUCAGCGGCAUGAGCGGCAAUUCCUUUUCUCGAGUUUCCCCCAGUCUCCUCGACCCGUUCAACACCCUGUGCGAGAGUCCCGAACGAUUACGACAGCUUCUUAGAUAUCGUAGGGCUCGAGACCUUCGUAAGCCUCGUGCAUUAGCCAAGGCCGCCGGGGAACCGCUGUUUCGAAUCGAUCAACAGACACAUUGUGUUGUGCUCCAAGGCUUAGGUAACGAGGAUGGCCAGGCGCCGUUGUUGACCCACAAGUCAUUGUUCCAUGCUCUAUCUCUUCUCCUCGCAUUAGCAGCCAACGACUACCAGCAAAACUACGAAACGAUGCACCACCGCAGUCAGGUUCUUCAGUCUCUCAAUCGAGACUUAUCCCAUUUUGGCGGUGACUCGACAAUACUCCAUACCAUAACAGCCAUUCUCAUGUUGAUUAGCUAUGAAUACCGAGUCCGCGAUACAAAUCCAGGUUCUGCCUGCGCUGCUACACAUAUCCAUGGCCUCCAAACUAUAAUCUCCCAACGUAACAUUUUGACCAGUCAAUAUAGUGUCUCGCAUGUUACUCGGGUUCAGCGAGCUCUGUUUUGGCAGGACAUAAUCUGCUCCCUUGCAACUGGUGCACCCCGAGUCUUGCAAUUCGACAAUCGCGGGAUGUUUACCCGCUUGCGGGAGGAUGAGACGUACCGUAGCUACUUUGCUUUGCCACAAGGAUUCAUACCUCACACCUAUGGGUGGCCUGCAGCAGUACCUGCUGUGUUCGAGGAUCUCAACGCAUUAUGCUGCGCCGUGGACACAAUGCGCCGAGGGACAAGAGCGCCAAUCACCUUUGUCAAUAAUGACGACAAGGAUAUUUCAGUUACCCCAAUGCCGUUGAUGGAGGACUUGGAUGAUGAGGGGUACCCAUUAUGCAAUAGCCAAGCCAACUUGCAGAUUAGACUUGUGGAUCUUCUUAGUGGAACAAGAAGAGAUGGUUCCCAGAGCGAAGAAUCCCUGAUUUACAGAGCGUGCCUCUUUGCGGCUUAUCUCUGUACAUAUCGACUUUCUGAAGGUGUUUGGGGAGGGUACUUUGCGCCCGAGAAGUGUGUCACCGAGAUACUUGAUUGUAUGACAGACUUCACAAGACAAAUGUCGCCGUGGAAGCUUGCGCCGGACAUCUCAUUCUGGUUGCUGCAUAUGGCUGGUGGCCUAACAAAGAGUCAGCUCCAUAAGGACCAGGCGGCUACGUUGGUGGAACGUUAUCGGUGCUUCUACUCAACUGGUUACGGCCAGGACUGGGAGCUAGUGGAGAUAAGGUUGAAGAAGUUUAUCUGGUGUGAACAUGUCAUGAAGCAAAAGAUGUAUAGGUUCUGGCAAGAAUGCCAGAUUGGUUGCUGCUAA